AUGGAGCAACGCAAGCGAUCCCGCCCUGCCAAUGUCUUUGGCGACGACGACGAGCCAUUAGUGAAAAAUGAACCAGAAGCAAAGAAAUCUAAGAGUAUCGGCGCACCUAGUUUUCUUCCCACGCCAACCGAUCCCUCUAGUAUAUCAAGCUCGGCACCUCGCCCUGAUCAGAUCAAGGCGAUGAUUGCGGCUAAGAAAGCUCAGUUGGAGGCCAUGGCAGCCAAUUUUAGACCAUCUCCAUCACUACCUGUACGUCCACCAGUCGUACACACUCCUCUGCCUCCUCAACCAUCAUUGAUGUCUGUAGGAAUUGAUCCUGAUCUUCCGCGUAAAAUUCAAGAAGCAAAGGAGAUGGUUAGAGCGAAUCUAGCGGCAAAAGCAAAUCCUUACUUAUCUGCUUUACUGAUACCGAUAGAUCGAUUCACUCCUAGCCGUCGAC